AUGCCUCUCCUGCGCAGGACAGUCCUCGGUCCUGAGAGACGCAAUCCGUGUACCCAUAUGACCAUGACCCGUCUCUAUGAUCCCUAUGGCUCCUUCAAGUGCUCGCUAUGCCAUAAGCAUCCCAACAUCGGCUGGCUCUAUCGCUGCACCCAGGACACUGGCGGUUUUUUGCCCGAAUCCGAUCUCAUCGACGACCCAAUCCUCCCAAGAGGCCGACCACUCGAUCGGCAUGUCACUACUCAUCCUCUGAGCAGUUCCAUCGUUAAGGCCAUUGGAGACGGUCAAUAUCCAGGGCAAGAGGUCAAGAAACUGAUUGAGCAGAAGGAAGGGGACAAGGAUCUUGUCCUCCCCCAGCUUGGGCCAGACGAGAGAAGACCUGCGACGGCCUCUACUGUCACUACCGUUUCGACCACUUCCAGCGACGGUGACAGAACCCUGUCCACUCUGCCCCAGAGCACUACUUUCUCCACCAAUUCCUCCGUCGAGCUCGAUGAAGAAAUAAAGGCGGCCUACGAUUGGAAAGAGUUGCAGAAAGUCUGGAUGUCCGAGCCAUCAGUCCCUCCUCCUGCUCCCCGACCGAAGCCAUCUAACCCGGCGAACCUCCCACCGCACGCUAGGCUGCCUUACAUGCAACCCUGUAACUUCAAAAUCUGCCCUACGUGCCGCCCAACCUACCGCGAGCGCGCCUAUCAGUCUCUCGACGAGGUCCUGAACACACCAAUCGUACUCCCUCCUGUCUGGGAGUUACAGAAUCGCAGAGUUUCUGACGCCGGAAUCGUGGCUGGAAUUGGAUUACCCAAGCUCUCCCAGUCACGAUUCUAUGCUCAGACCGACCCUGCUAACCUGCAGUCCUUUCACAGCAUGCCCCAAAUCAUCAUUGAACACCCAGAAACCGAACAGGAGAAUCAAAAUGUAAGAGAAUCGUACGUCAUGGGAGACGACGCAGAAAGACAGCAGCAUCAUGACUACACCCACCCCCCAUCCAGCACACGCAGCGGCUUCCGACACACUGUCCGCAAAGCCCUCGCUAGAGCCCGCCUCGAUGAUUCUCCUCCCACACAUUCAAGCACCAAUAAAUCCGAGUCUGGCGAGACCCAGGUGCAGCCUUCUCUCUCCCUGAUUUUCCGUCGUCGACGAUCCCGCACAUCCACAUUGUCCUUUGCCGAGACACAUGGUGGCCGGAUCGUGGAUACCAGCUCGCUCGAGGACUCCGUCAUGUUGAUGUUAGCUACGAACACGCCUCUACCUCACACGCCAACCGUGGCUGGUUUUCAACUUCGGCAAGGAACCGGAUACCCUCGAGGCUCAGGACGCGUCAACGAUCGUGGGAAUUGCUUGCAGAGUGCGGAGAUCUUCAGCCAGACUUGA